AUGGACUCUCUCAUUGCAGCAAAUACCAAAUUUUGCUUUGAUCUUUUCUGAAAGCUCCGCAAAGAUGAUUAUCAUAAGAACGUCUUCUUCUGUCCUCUGAGCCUCUCUGCUGCCCUUGGCAUGGUCCGCCUGGGGGCCAGAAGUGACAGUGCACGUCAGAUCGACCAGGCACUACACUUCAACGAAGUUUCCCGAAAGGAAAGCAAAGAACCGGGUCCCUGUCUGAAAGGAGAAAAACAAGAAGGGCGUGCUGACAGCUCUCUGGAAGGGCAGAAAGAAAGGACAGGGUCUCUGGCUCUGCAGGCCAAGUCUUAAAAGGAUGAGAGUGGACUGCUCAGGUGCUACUUCGGGCAGCUUCUCUCCAAAUUAGUCAGGAUCAAAGCUGAUUACAGCCUGAGUAUUGCCAACAGGCUUUAAGGAGAGCAGGAAUUCCCAAUCCGUCCGGAAUACUCAGAUGGCGUGAUUCAAUUACACACGACGACUGAAAAGGUUGUUUUCCAGAAAGACACUGAAAAAUCCAGGUAAGAGAUUAACUUCUGGGUGGAAUCUCAAUCCCAAGGUAAAAUCAAGGAACUCUGUAGCAAGGGCGCUAUCAACAAUUCGACCAUGCUGGUGCUGGUGAAUGCUGUUUACUUCAAGGCCAAGUGGGAAAAAUAUUUUGACUGUGAAAACACAGUUGAUGCGUUUUUCUCUCCAAGUGAGAUUAUAGAUAAAAUAACUCCCAAGAAAUUAAUAGAAUGGACUAGCCCAGGGCAUAUGGAAGAAAGGCAUAUGAACUUGCACUUGCCGCGCUUUGCAGUGGAGGCUAGUUGCGACCUGGAGGCCGUCCUGACAGCCAUGGGGAUGGAGGACGCCUUCAGUGAGCAGAAAGCUGACUAUGAUCCAGGAACGUCCUCACACUCCGGGUCGCAUGCCCACAAGUUCCUGCACAGGCCCUUCUUGGUGGUAACCGAGGAAGGUUCGGAGGCUGCAGCUGCCACCAGUGUGGGCUUAGCUGUCACUCACACAAAUUUUCACUGCAAUCACCCUUUCCUGUUCCUCAUCAGGCACAAUGAGUCCAACAGUGUCCUCUUCUUUGGCCGAUUUUCUUCUCCUUAG